UUGCAGAGUGCAUUGAUUGUUGCUCUGGCCAAUGUUCACAUUCCACUUCUCUUGGGUGAUGUUGUGAAUGUAGUUGCAAAGUUUACAAGAGAAACUGAAAAUGAAGGAAGAAGCUAUAUGCAAGAAAUUUAUGUUCCUUCUGUCAAGUUAAUUAAGUACUGUGUAGCUCAGGCCAUCUUCACAUUCUCAUACAUAACGUUUUUGACAAGAAUGGGUGAGCGUAUGGCAGACAGUCUCAGGCAGCAGCUCUUCACAGCUCUCCUUGAACAAGAUAUUGCUUUUUAUGAUCAACACAAAACAGGAGAACUAGUAAACAGGUUAACUGCAGAUGUACAGGACUUUAAAAGUUCUUUCAAAAUGUGUAUAUCACAAGGACUUCGAAGCAUCACACAGAUAGUGGGUUGUGGUGUUUCCAUUUUUAUGAUCUCACCACAAAUGGCAGGGAUGACUGCAGUGCUAGUACCAGUUAUUAUUGGUACUGGCACUGCUCUGGGAGGUCUUCUUCGUGCUUUGUCAAGGGAAGCACAACAUCAGGUUGGUCGUGCAACAGGAGUUGCUGAUGAAUGCUUGAGCAACAUGCGAACUGUUCGAGCAUUUGCCAUGGAGGAUGCAGAGAGAGACCUGUUUGCCAGAGAAGUAGAAAAGUCAAGGCAACUUAAUGAGCGCUUGGGCUUUGGUAUUGGUUUCUUUCAGGCUGGUUCAAAUCUCUUCUUGAAUGGUAUAGUGAUUGGAACAUUGUAUGCUGGUGGCAAGCUCAUGUCCACCAAUCAGAUGAAACCUGGUGACCUCAUGUCAUUCCUGGCGGCUUGCCAGACCAUACAGCGAUCUUUAGCUCAGCUUGGCAUCCUCUUUGGCACAUACGUUCGUGGCAUUAGUGCUGGUGCACGAGUAUUUGAGUUUAUCAAGCUAGAACAAACAAUACCCAUAAGAGGAGGAAAGAAAAUUCCAUACCAUUCUCUGAUGGGAAAUAUUGAGUUCAGAAAUGUAUCAUUUGCUUAUCCUACAAGAUGUGAUCAGGAAGUGUUGCAUGACUUCAGCCUACACAUCCCAGCUGGCAAAGUUGUGGCUUUGGUUGGAGUAUCUGGAGGUGGCAAGUCUACUGUUGCUCAGUUACUGGAGAGAUUCUACGAUGUGAAGAGUGGAUCUAUAAUGCUUGAUGGAGUUGACCUUCGUACAUUGGAUCCUUCCUGGCUCCGUGGACGUGUUAUUGGCUUCAUCAACCAGGAGCCAGUUUUGUUUGCUACAUCCAUUAUGGAAAAUAUACGCUAUGGAUAUCCAGAAGCUACAGAUGCAGAGGUUAUUAGAUGAUUCCACUUUUAUAUUAUAGUCUUUUCAAGAGGUUAUAAUACAUUGUUGGAGAAACGGGGUAACAGGUCCGGAGGACAAAAACAGCGCAUUGCCUUUGCUCGUGCACUUCUCAAAAAUCCAAGGUACGGGUCCCGGAUGAAGCCAAAAAGUGCUCUUGAUGCAGAAUCAGAGGGUGUGGUGCAGGCAGCUUUGGAGAACUGCAUCGAAGGACGUACUGUACUCAUCAUUGCUCAUCGCCUCUCUACAAUCCAGAAUGCUGAUGUUAUUGCUGUUAUGUCCCACGGAAAAUUAGCAGAGAUUGGCACUCACCAUCAGUUGAAAAAACUUGGGGGAAUCUAUGCUGACUUAAUCCAGCAGCAACAAAAGGAAGAGAAGACUGCUAGUAAAAGGUUUUGGUGGAUAUAACAAUAGCCCUUAUAGUAAUUUUUUUUUUUUAAUUUAUUUGUGGAAUGUUACUCAGGUUUAUAAUAAACCUUUGGGUCAUUUAUAGGAAGUUUUGUUUACAAAUAUAUUCUUUUAAAUGUUCAUGUGAUCAUAAAUUUUAGGUUUGUUUUAAAAAUAUCUUUCAGAAAACUGAAAGUUCAAGUUGUUAUUAACUAUUAUCUGAUAAUAAGUGAAAUAGCGAAAAAAUCUUAAACUGUAAAUAUUUUUUAGACCACAAAUUGUAUAAACAAAUUAAAAUUUUAUUAAAAACUUACUGUUAAACUCAUUAUAACAAAAAUUCCACUUUAUCAAAGAACUAGUAAUUAUUUAACAGCUGUAGUGGUCAAGCACUAUCACUCCACAAACUAAAGACUAACUGCUUGUUUAAAAGUUGCCAGAACAUAAUUAAGCUUGCACAGUUUUAGGGGCUUUAUAUCUUGUGUUGUACAUCUUGAUUAUCUCCAGUUCCCAUAUACUUGUCCUGAUCCACUAACCCAGCAAUGAUGUACACUGAAUUGCUAGGACCUUUGGUUGUUGCCAAAGAAAAAUAUUUGCUGUGCAUAAAUGUUACUCACUAGGGAAUGCCGUACUAAUGGAUAUUUCUGCUGACAGGUCAGUUGUCUGAGUAGUAAGGGAUUGUACUUCUUCAUUGGUGGGUUAGUUGUCUGAGUAGUAAAGGUUGUACCUCUCCACUGUUGGGCGAGUUGUCUGAGUAGUAAAGGAUUGUGCUUCACUGUCAGGUUAGUUGUAUGAGUAGUAAAGGAUUGUACUUCUCCACUGUCAGGUUAGUUGCUGUCUUCCAGCACUUCUUGUAAAGGUAGCACUCUUUUGCUCCAUCAACCACGGUCUCGGCUUGGUGGGCAUAACAUGAAUCUAAUGAGUUGAGAUUCUUCUCUGGUGGGCAUAACAUGAAUCUAAUGAGCUGAGAUUCUUCUCUGUACCACUGGAGUCUUGGCACUAUACAGACUUUUACAUCAUCUCUCUAUCUAAGGGCAUAAAGAUAAGUCUACUGCCUGAAGUAGGAUGGUUUGCUUCACUAAGGUACUCCAAGCACAGUUUUACUUGUGGUAAAUAUAUGGAUCAAGGCUUAAGCAUAAUAGUCAGUGAGAGAGCAAACUAAGCACUUAAUACAAUCUUUAUGCCUUAUGACAAGUGACGAGAUCAAACUAUUCAUAACUAAAUAAGUGCACAAUUUUACACCAGAAAUUCAUUAAAUUAACAAGUAUCCUCUCAGGGAAAGAAAUAUAUAGUAGUGACUUUUUUGGCCUUAUUAUUAUUUUUAUUAUUAUUUAUUAUUAUGAAUUUUUUUCAACAUGCUGGCUGUCUCCCAACGAGGCUGGGUGACCCAAAAAAGAAACACUCACCAUCAUUCACACAUAGUCACUGUCUUUGUAAAGGUGCACAGAUACGACAGUUCAGAUGUCAUGACUCACAAAACCAUAAACAAACAAACUGUACCAUGGGUGGGUAGUUUUACGACUUGCUUGCCACGAGUUCAAUCCCGGCCCAUGGUAUGGUUUGGUUCAGAUGCCUCUCCAAACCAUAAAUCUUCCAAAACCCCUCCUUUAAAGUACAGGUACUGUACUUCUCACCUCCAGGACUCGAGUCCGGAUAACCAGUUAAACGUAUUCCCUGAAUCCCUUCUCAAAAUAUAACCCUGCUCAAACUCCAACAGCUUGUCAAGUCCCAAAAACCAUUCAUCUCCACUCACUCCUAUCUAACAUACUUACACGUGCCUACUGUAUUAUUAUUAUUAUUUUAACAUGUCAGCUGUUUCCCACGGAGGCAUGGUGACCCAAAACAGAAACACCUUUAAAAUCAUUCACUGAGGCAGGGUGACCCAAAAUAGAAACACUUUUGCCAUCAUUCAACACUUUCACCAUCAUUCACACAAUAUCACUGUCUUCGCAGAGGCACCCAGAUAUGGCAGUUUAGAUGUCACUCCAAACAGCCAGUAUCCCCAAGCCCUCUUUUAAAAUGCAGGCAUUGUACUUCCCAUCUCCAGAACUUGAGUCCAGCUAACCAGUUUCCCUGAAUUCCUUCACAAAAUAUUACCCUGCUCAUACUCAAACAGCUCAUCAAGUUCUAAAACCCAUUCGUUUCCAUUCACUCCUAUCUAACAUGCUCACACAUGCAUGCUGUAUGUCCAAGCCCCUUGUACACAAAACCUCUUAUCCCCACCCUUCACCCUUUCCUAGGAUGACCCCUACCCAUCCUCCCUCCACUACAGAUUUAUUCACUCUUCAAGGCAAUCUAUUUUGCUCCAUCCUCUCUAAAUGACCAAACCACUUCAAUAACCCCUCUUCAACCCUCUGAAUAAUACUUUUAGUAACUCCACAUUUCCUCCUAAUUUCCACACUACAAAUUCUCUGCAUAAUAUUUACACUACGCAUUACCCUUAGACACGACAUCUCCAAUGCCUCCAGCCUCUUAUUAUUAUUUUUUCAACACUUAGGUAAUCUCUCACCAAGGCAAGGGUGACCCAAAAAAGAAAGAAACCCUUUCACUAUCAUUCAACACUUUCAUCAUCAUUCACACAUAAUCACUGUAUUUGCAGAGGUGCCCAGAUAUGACAGCUUAGAUGUCACUCCAAACAGCCAAUAUCCAAAACCCUCUCCUUUAAAGUGCAGGCAAUGUACUUCUCACCUCCAGGGCUCAAGUCUAGAUAAACGGUUUCCCAGAAUUCCUACACAAAAUAUUACCCUGCUCAUAUUCCAAUAGCUCGUCAGGCCCCAAAAACCAUUCGUCUAUUCACUCCUAUCUAACACACUCACACAUGCCUGCUGCAUGUCCAGGCCCCUUGCAUACAAAACCUCUUGUAGUAUUAUUAUUAUUACAUUCUUGGGAAGAGCACUAGACUUGUAGGUUUUAGGCAUUGAGGUACUUCCUUUGAGAGGGUAACAUAAGUAAGAGCUUAAAAACUAACCCUGAGUUUGGACAAACUUCACAAGGAUCACAUAGUAUAGUGUCAUAGUGCAAAUAAAUUUAAGUUGUAACUGUAUUUAAGACAUUUUAUAUUAUGUAGAACCCAUACCCAUUACCAUAGGUAAUGGGAUGCUGGUGAAAAGCUCCUGAAUCAAAUAACUGGAGCUGUUCUUCCCUUUCUUAAAUCAAAUCUGAUUACCUUCCAUUCCUCAAGCAUUUUGUGACCCCCUGUGGGUUUAAUGUUUUCCCACAAGUAUAAAAAUUAAAAGGAUAUUAAAAGGUCAUAUUUUGGUAGUGUACAGUUAACUUCACACAGUAAUAUAUCAGUACAGUGAAUCCCUUCACAGUAUCUUAUAUGCACAUUAUAUCUCCUUAGUUACCAUUGAAUUGCAUCACCAAAUAACAAUGGUCAUUUAAUACUCUUAACAUGAUAGCACAGUUUGAUGCAUCAUUUAUGACUUGCUUGCUAACUCAAAGACCAUCACAGUGUGAUUUGUCAGAUGUAUCAGAGGAGACCAGGCGACACAGGAUAAACGACUUACAAUCUUCAGAACAACCUUCCUCACGAUAGGGUCUGGCAUCCUUAGUGUAAUACCUG